AUGCCUUGUUCCACCAAAGCUAUGCGCAUUCUGUGCGAGGAUACUCUCAAGGAUAACGUUACCGUGAUCGCCUGCUUCGAGCCCCAGGGAACCGACUUCACCUCGACAAUCGCUUGGCAAGUGGAAACAUUCUGGGCCAAUCGCAAGCACUACAACAGAGGACAUUUCAACUGGAACAGCGGCUAUGCCUUCAGCAUCAUGCCAACUGAUUAUUUCUCCUACCAGCACCAACAGGUGAAGUCCGACGACUUGACGACCAUCAUUUUGUACGAAGGAGAAUACAGAUUCUUCGGGGUUCGCGGCGGCGAGCAAGACGGGCCCAAAGUGUUGAACAACACCAAGGAUGUUAUAAACAUUGGAUGGGGUUUCUACAGCAAUUUCGACGGCAUGCAGUCGGUCAUGCAGUGGGACAACGUUGCCGCUGGCGCCACCAGGGUUCCGGACGGCUGGGCACCGGUCCUGUCUCUCUACGUCUUGAAGAACUACGACGGAGAUCUGUAUGCCGGCGGUGUGAUCGAUUUCCCCCUCGAUGCUUCUCGCAGGAAGUGGUCGAAGGACCUGAGCACUCUCGACGCCAACAGUCAUGCACACUUCAAGGUUGUGUGGGAGCCGGAGGCCCAGGACUACGUGAUCGCGUUCUCAGAGAUUCCCGACUCCUAG